CAAAACCAAAAGCUCACAAAACCAAAAGUUCACAAUCCCAACCAGCAAACUUCAAACAGCAAGCAACCAACAUGGCCUUCAAUCUUCGCAACUACCUCCCUUCAGACUACCAAGUUGGACCUCAUGAUUGCAUUAUUGGCCGUGGUAAGAAAUGCACUCAAAACCCUGGAAACAAGAGAUUCCGUGCCAUUAUCGAAGCUACUCUGGAUGCCUACUCCAAUGCUCCCACCAAGGCAACAAAGUCAGAAAUCAUCAUGCAAGUCUUGUCUCAAGUGCGCACUGACAAUGGAGUGGGCUUUGUCAAGCCAGCUGCUGGUGGCUGUUUUGUUCUAGUGGAAGAAGCCUCCUGUCGUAUUGCCAUUGCUCAGGCUUUCCGUGAUGCCCUCAGCGGAACCUACAAGAGCAGCAAGAAACACAAGGCAAUCUGCCGUCUUGAACGCAAAAGCAUCCAAGGAAAGUCUGUCCCAAUGCCAAGCCUUGUCAGCCAUGCAACAGUAAUUUUUGACCCCAUCAAGCCAGCUUCCCUCCUUCCUUCCUCUGCUUCAGCAUCCAUCAACAUGUUCCAUCUCCGUGACAUUCUCAAUGAGGCAACCAGCUUGGCAUUCCAGUUCGAAAAUGAACAAAUGCAGGCACUGGAAGAGCCCAUCCCAUUGACCUUUACCACAACUGAACCUGCAGCAGAUGAUGUUUUCUCAAUGCUCUUUUCUGCCUUUGGAAAAGACCAAGCCGAGUCCGCACUCGAUCCUUUUGAACCAACCCCCAUUGCCGAGGGAAACAGCAACAGCUACGAGUUGCCCUUUUACAACUCUUGUGCGCCCAUGGCCGCUUAAAUUCGCAAGCUCCAUAGAGCACGCAAUUUCUGUACAUAUUUUCUGCCCUGAACAAACCAACAAACAAAAACAAAUUUUGAACGCAACCAGGCGUGCUCACUCCAUAGAGCUGCCACUGGUACAAACACAAACGACGACACUAACUAGACCAUUGUAAAUAACCGGUCAAAAUUAUUCUCUCUCCUUGCUUGGACUCUAGCUAUCUAAUAUUCCCAGCAGCAGCUGCAAAACUCGCCAUCCA